AUGGACGUCGACGAGCAAGAUGGGCUAGCGGCAGGUCCGAGUCAUCAUUCACGCUCACGAAGAAGUCACCCUCGAUCGAACCGAGAACUUCGUCAGGAAGAGCAUCGUCGAUGGAGGCCGCGUGAACCCGAGCCGCAGCCUCUUCUUUUUUAUAAUCGCGAUGAGCCCUAUUACGAGUUCACGAAUUUCUCGCAUCAUCCGAUUGAAUUCCGCGGACGUGUAUACCCCACUUCCGAGCACUUGUUUCAAGCUCAUAAAUUUCUGGAUUAUCACCCCGACAUUGCCGAACGGAUCCGAUGCAUGCCCUCACCUAGUGCGGCUCUCCGCGAAGCGACCCGUCUGAACCGCCUCCGCCGUGCGGACUGGUAUGAUGUGAACGUCGGAAUCAUGGAUAUGGUCCUUGAGGCUAAGUUCACACAGCACCCGUCACUCCAACGGUUGCUACUUGAAACAGGGGAUCGGCCUUUGUUCGAGAAUAGCCCUGUGGACUCUUUCUGGGGCAUAGGAGAGGACGCAAAUGGCAGAAACGAACUUGGGAAGGCCCUGAUGCGCCUUCGCGAGAAGUUGCAGAGAAUGCCACACUGA